AAUGAAUUAUUCUAAUAAUAUAUUUGUAAUAUAAUAUAUAACCUAUGUUACUUAUAUAUAUACAGUUAGAUAUUCAUGCACGUGAUCAUCGGUCACGCUUUUGCAUCUUACAACUUUUUUUAGACUUUUUCAAGAAGAGAUCAAGUCAUCGCCAGGCUUUAACUUAUAGCUCAAAACGUAGUGACAGUCAAAAAGUAAUAUGAAGUUCUUAACCACCAACUUUGUCAAGUGCGCUGUCAAAGGAUGUCAAUCCUCGCAGGAGUCAUUUCCUUUAAAGUAUGAAGAGUGUCAAUUAGUUCAAGAAGAACAAGAAUAUAAUCCAGAAUUCAUUACUCAUAUGUUAGAACGUUUAGAUUGGAAUGCUAUAUUGAAAGUAGCUCAUGAUUUAGGUAAUGAUAGAUUACCUCCAAACAAGCCUGAAAAUUUGGAUCCAAUAAUGGAAGAUGAUCAAGCUGUAUUAAGGGAUUUGCAUACUUUAUUAUUAGAAACUCAAAUAGUUGAAGGUAAGAUGGUGUGUGGUAACUGUGAGCAUAUCUACUACAUCAAGAACUCCAUACCCAACUUCUUGUUACCACCUCAUUUGUGUUAGUACUAACAUAAGUAACGCUUCAGUUUAGUCUGAUUGUGAGUUUCAUCUCAGUCUCAGUCUCAGUCUCAGUCUCAGUCUCAGUCUCAGUCUCAGUCUAAGCUUCCUGUACUAUAGAAAAUGUAUUAUCUGCUCUGUACAUACAUAGUCAAUAAAUACA